AUGCGAGUUGAAGACAUGAUCCCCAUCAAUGAUUCUAUGCCUGAAGAACAGCUUAUGGCAAUCAUGAUCUUGAAGGAGAGUUUUGAUGAGAAAGUCAGGCUGGAAGAAGUUAAGGCUCUGCGUGAUGAGAAUUUGCCAUGGUAUGCUGAUAUAGUGAACUUCAUGGUGUCCGGAGAAGUCCCUAGUAGCUUUGAUGCUUACAAGAGGAAGAAAUUCUUCAAGGAUGCUAGGCAUUACUAUUGGGAUGAGCCCUACUUGUACAAGAGAGGACCAGACAGCAUUUACAGGAGAUGCAUAGCUGAAGAGGAUGUGCAAGGAGUUCUAGAGCAUUGCCAUGGGUCAGCUUAUGGAGGAUGCAGCAGCUACAUUGCCAAGUGUGAUCCAUGCCAAAGGAAAGGAGGGAUCACCAAGAGGGACGAGAUGCCACUAAACCCAAUUCUAGAAGUUGAGAUCUUUGAUGUAUGGGGAAUAGACUUCAUGGGACCUUUCAAACCUUCUUCAAACGGGCACAACUACAUUUUGGUUGCUGUGACUAUGUAUCCAAAUGGAUUGAAGCCAUCCCCUGCCCAACCUGUGAUGCCAAGGUGUUGUCAAGCUUUCAGAACCAUCAUCUUUCCAAGAUAUCGGCAUCCCAAGGGUUGUUAUUUCGGAUGGAGGCUCCCAUUUCAUCAACAAGGUGUUUGA